UGGGGUCUGGGCGGUGCCCACCGGCGCCCGGGCGAGGCGUGGGCACGCGAGCUGGAGUUCCGGCAGUAGGCCCAAGCUGAGUGCCGGCACCUUCACCAUGGCGUCGGUGGAUCUGGACUACACCAUCGAGAUCCCGGAUCAGCCCUGCUGGAGCCAGAAGGACAGCGCCAGCCAAGAUGGGAAGGAGGGAGGGACACGACAGCCCGUGGUGAUUCUCUUAGGCUGGGGUGGCUGCAGGGACAAGAACCUCGCCAAGUACAGCGCCAUCUACCACAAAAGGGGCUGCAUCGUGAUCCGAUACACAGCCCCAUGGCACAUGGUCUUCUUCUCUGAGUCCUUGGGCAUCCCUUCACUUCGAAUGUUGGCCCAGAAGCUGCUUGAGCUCCUCUUUGAUUAUGAGAUUGAGAGGGAGCCUCUGCUCUUCCAUGUCUUCAGUAAUGCCGGUGUUAUGCUGUACCGCUACGUGCUCGAGCUCCUGCAGACUCAUCGGCGCUUCUGCCACUUGCGUGUGGUGGGCACCAUCUUUGACAGUGGUCCUGGUGAUAGCAACCUGGUAGGGGCCGUGAGAGCCCUGGCCGUUAUCUUGGAGCACCGGCCUGCUGUAUUGCGCCUAUUGCUCCUAGUGGCCUUCGCCCUAGUAGUAGUCCUGUUCCACAUCCUCCUUGCUCCACUCACUUCCCUCUUCCACACCCACUUCUAUGACAGGCUACAGGACUCCGGCUCCUGCUGGCCUGAGCUGUACCUCUACUCAAAGGCGGACGAGGUAGUCCUGGCCAGGGAUGUGGAACGCAUGGUGGAGGCCCGCCUGGCCCACCAGGUCCGAGUGCGCUCUGUGGAUUUUGUGUCAUCUGCACACGUCAGCCACCUCCGUGAAUACCCUAGUUACUACACAAGCCUGUGCAUCGAUUUCAUGCACAACUGUGUCCAGUGCUGAGGUCUUGCUCCAGAAAUAAAUGCCUGACACCCCCUCCAACCUCCCUCUGUCCUGGGGAGCUGGUGGCAGUCUCCUUGCCCCAGAAUCCUAGGGUGUGAGAAUGCCCAGGCAGGUUUCUGUGGGAGCCUUACAGUUGAUUUGACAAAUGAAUAAGAUGCUGAUUCCUGUGGCAUUUAGGUUGUAAAGCGUUAAUAAAGUUGGGGAUGAAGUUAAGGAUGAA